AUGUCUCGCAACAACUCCGUCGGCGCUCUCCAGGGCUUCUCAAUCUGCCAACCGUUCCUUGGCGCCUCCCUGCAGUUCUACCCUGCUUUGGGUACCCAGCAACUUGACGACCUCAUCAAUGCCUAUUUUCCUGGACCCGCCUCCAUCAAAGAGAAGAGGGCCACCGUUUCGAUGGACUUCUUUGAGUACUCCCAACUUACAGGAGAAACCUUUAAAUAUUAUCCCGUUGUGACACAGGCAGCGUCUGCCGGGUCUAGCCCCGUGCAGGAUUCCGGCUACGACUCCAACUUCGUUUCACCUGUCAUUUCGGACUGGAGCUGGUCCCAUUCGACGCCAAGCACUGUGUCCGUGUCAACUCCUACUUCGGUAGCCCAGGAGACGAAGCCCACAAAGAUCACAAAGAAGAGUGCUUCUGCUGCCGCCAAGUCACAAGCCAGCGACUUCUCUCAUCUCCCAGGAAUGAAGAUCAUGACCAAGGAUGGCCGCGAUGUCACCAAUUCUGCUUCUCGCGGCUGCAAGACGAAGGAGCAACGGGAUCACGCACACCUCAUGCGCAUCAUCAAGGCCUGUGAUGCUUGCAAGAAGAAGAAGGUCCGGUGCGACCCAAGCCACAAGAAGCGUACCGCAGCUGCGCAGGCGCAACCCGCCACCCCAGCUCGGCUAGCGAAGAAAGCCAGAACCUCGACUGCACCAGGUACUAGUACUGUCAAAGACCGACAAUCGCAGCAUAACAUAUCUCCGUCCUUGUUUACUGAGCCGAUCUUACCUGCUCUUGAGGUUGCCGACACAUCUUUCGACUUUUCCGAAUCCUGGGAGUCCUUCGUGCGGUACGACGACGAGGCCGUCAAUGUCACCCCCUUCGACUACGACUUCUUCUUCGACCCCGCGGGCCAUCUCUCUCCACAGUCAAGCCGUUCGCCCGCGACGCCCUCGGCCAUUUUCAAUCAACUACAAGCCAACCGCGACAUCCUCCAAACUGUCUCUGUCGCCGAUUCGUUCGAGAAUGCCGCACUACGUCCACCGACGCUACCGUACCUGGAUGCUUCAGGACCGGCCAACAACUACGUCGAUUUCAGCUUGUACUCCCCUGAGCCGAGCUUCUUGGACGACGACUCUGCUUUGGUCAACGAAAUUGGUGCCUCCAACUUUGGUCAGGCUUCGUCUUUGCGCCCAAGCUUGACCCAAGAUCGCCGGCCUAACCUUGGCGCCUCCUCCACCAUCCAUCCAGAUGCCUGCCGAAGCCGGUCAGCACAAUCACCGCUGGUGACAUAUGGCAGUCAUGAUGGAGCCCUAUCGCACCAGUCCGCCAGCGACGUUACUACGAGACUGACUUCCUCUGCCCGCGCUGCGCUGGCCAAUAGUUCCAACACGUCACUAGCAAUCGCACAAGGCGGAAGCUUCAACGCGUCUCCGGUUCGAGCAGUGCCCAGCCAAGUACCGCUACCCACCAUUGCUUCUUCAGAUCGCUUCUCGACACUGUUCGAGGAGCAGUCUUAUUACGCGACUACCACGGCGACAAUUUCUGGUGAGAGCGUUGGCGAGACCACGGCCACGCCAGCACGUGGCGCGCGGGUUGCCAGCACAUCGUCGGCGAUUAGUCGUGGCACGUCUGCGCCGCUCAGCUCCCGGUCUUCGCUCACGAAGGUGACUGGAGUGCAGAGCGCGAUUGAGGCCAUGGUCGGCGAUCAUGUAGUAAUCGCAUGCCGCGCUCUUGUCGAUCAGCUGUCCAUGACACAGGCACUAUUGUCUGCAGUACUGAUUGUGGCAGUUUUUGGCAAGAUUGGCACUUCACUGGAAGCCCGAGCACUUGCUGGUGGCCUUGUCCAGAUCCUCUUUGGCCUCGUUAUGUAUAAGGCCUACUACCCUUACUCAAGUCUCCAUGGCUUGAGACCGCAACAGAGCCGUCUCAGUACCACGCCAAAGCCGCAAGGCUUCAGCGACAGCGCGAGGCUACUCUCCUGCGUCAGCACGAGACUACGACACACCCGUCGCCAGAUUGCCGCGGCAAACCCCCGGGCGAGCCCGGCAGUUGGGCCCAGGCUUCUGCGCUUCGCGCAAGUGCUCUAA